AUGUCUUAUACAUUUGUUGUUGAUUCCAAUGUUAAGGAAACAUCAGAUCCAAAUGUACAGAGGCCAUUCUUAUACUCAUCAUUGAUUGGUAAUACUUCGGACACCUUUAAUCCACAGGACCAAGGUCAAAAGGUGGAACCAAGAGUGAUCAGUUCAUCAAUCGAUACAACUUCAUCCACUAUUAGACCUGCAGUCAACUCAUUCAUAUGCUCUGCCAUCGAUGCCUACAAUGAACACAUGCACUUGGUAAUCCGACCGGAUGAUGUCUGGCUUGCACUGAUGAAUCAGUUCUCAUUCUACCUCAAUGCCAACUCAGAGACAUUGAGAUCAAAGUUUGUGUCAUUCGAUGGCAAGAAGACAUUGGAACUCAAGUGGCAAGGCUCAAUGUCGAAUGCUCACUACGAUCAGAUCGCUGGGGCAAUGACCGAUCAAAUCGCUAACAACAUCAAAGACCCGUCGGUGCGCGAAUGGGUCUUGCCAGGCUUCACGGCGACCACCAACUCGGACCGAGUUGUUGGUGCCUUUGUCCUGAUGGCAGCGAUGAAGAACUACUUUGACUAUCGCAUAAACUUCCUUUGUGGCCUGCCCAAGGUCACGAUCAUGGGCUCGCCAGAGGACUGGAGAAUGUUGCGCCAGAAAGCCGAGCGACUGGUCGAGUUUGACGUGCCCGCCAAGUUGAUGCAUCAGUGGUGUCAGCUGCUGCUGCCCGUCCUCGACCAGUUUGUGAUGGCGGCCGAACAGAAGCCAAACACAGAUUGGUGGAGCAGGAUCGCGCAUAGUACACGUGGAUCUGGCGCCAGGAAGAUCACCGGAUGGAUCACAGUGUUUAUGCCAUUCACCGAGAAGGGUGAGUGGAGAGGUGACCAACGUGAGCACAACUCCUUAAUCAACAUGGUCUAUACAUCUUGGUUGAGUCUGGACCUCAACGAUAUCCCACGUGGCCACAUCUUCUGUCCAUUACAAAUCAAUGACAAUGGUACUGAAUACUUGACCGAUAUUUAUGCCGGUCACAUCAUCUCCAAGAUUGUCAACAAGAACACUCUUGUACCACAACUUGACUGGUGUAUAUUGUUGAAUCAAUAA